UUUUUUUUUUUUUUUUUUUAAUAGAAAGUGUGGAAAUAGCACUUCAUUUUACAUAGAGUAAGCUGUAAAAGUACUAAAAUAGAAUAAUACUCCUCUGAGAUAUUUUGAUUUAUGAUUUGGGGAUCAACUUGGAGUCAUCUGAAUUCAAACAUGCUGGAAAGUGGAGCAGUAAAUUUCAGGAAGCAUUACAAACCUAAUCUUAUGGGAGCCUUUGAUUUGCUGAACAGCCACCUGUGAUUCUUAAGUUGAGCAUUCCUGAGGAAACCUGGAAUAUGCAAAUAUAAAAACUGAUUUAGGGUUUUGAAGGGAAAUAUACCUAUAACAGUCGUGCAUCAGGCAAAUGAGGCUCCUCAGAAACACUGAACCAUUCUUUAUUAUUGCCCUGGGGAGCUGCAGAAUCUUCCUCUAACCACUUUGUGUAAACUUAAGGGGUAUUUAUGGGAGAUGUAAAUGGAAAAUAUCCUCUUACCAAAGUUAAUAUCUUAUCCAAAAUACUCUUACAUCACGUGCCUGCAUGAUGUAAGCUUUCUUUGCUUCAUGCAUUUCCUGGUGUCAUAAACACUUGGUGUGUUCCUAAAUUUCUGGUUGGAAAGAAGGCUACUAGCCUUCUUGCAUGUUUUAAUUAAACAGGGGUAUCUCAAACCCUGUGACUCCGUUGUACUCUUCGUUCACUGGGUGAGUGAAGACAUCUGUCACUGCUGCUGUUGUAUAAUUUAGGGCCUUCUGAGCAUGCUUGGUUCCAGUCAUGAGAUGAAAUUGAGCAGCCUCAGUAGGUAAAUCUAACAUAUACCUGUUUGUGUAGUGUUUACAGAAUAACGAAAAUGCCAUGAACAAGGAAUCUCAAAAUGCACUGAAUCUCAAAGCACAGGUAUCCGACCUGUGUAGGUAGACCUACAAUGUUCAGUCUUUGAGGACACCCCGUCACUGGGAACAUUUUGGAAGAAGACUAAUUCUCACAUACACCGGAAGUUGAUGACCUGAUGACUACGGGCUUAAAGCAUCAGUUUGACCGUUUUCUUUUCAUUUAUAAUUUAUUGCAGAGGCAUUUCUUAAAAUAGCCAGCCUCUGGUGUGUGUAAUGGUGGAUGAGUUUUGGGCUCUGAAUUAGAGCUUAUUUGAACUUAAAGUUCUGUUUUCUUUCCAAGUUUGUGAGGCUACAGGUAUGUUUGUUUCCAGGUUCCAGUGGCAUGAUGGACUACAAUUAUUUUCUCCUGGAGUUAACUGGAUAUUCUUGGAUGCCAAUGAGCCAAAUACAGCAAUAUAUCAAUAUUUCAAGCUUUUCUAAAGAGUCAAAACGUAUUCAACUUAGCAGGUGGCACAUGCUUGUCAUCCCAGCCACUUGGGAGGCUGGGGCAGGAGGAUAAGUUCAAGGCCGGCCUCAGCAACUCAGUGAGGCCCUAAGCAACUUAGUGAUACCCUGUCUCAUAAUUAGAAAAUAAAAAGGCCUGGGGAUGUAGCUCAGUGAUAGAAAGCCCCUGAGUUCAAUUUUCAGUACUACAAACAAAACAAAAAACAACAGCAACAAAAAAACUUUUAAAAAGUUAUUUAAGUUCUCUGAGCCUCAGUUUCUCCAUCUGUGAAGGAAGAGUUGGACUGUAACUAAUGAGUAUCUGUAAGUCUAAAUUUCUGGAAUUUAAAAGUCAUUUUGGCUUCAGCUAAGCAUUCCAACUAAAUCCAUGGACUCAAAGUGUCAAUAGUUGUGUAAUAAUCAAGUGAAUGGAGUGCAGUGGCACGUGCCUGUAAUCCCAGUGGCUCUGGAGGCUGAGGUAGGAGGAUCGCAAGUUCAAAGCCAGCCUCAGCAACUUAGCAAGGCCCUAUCUCUAAAUAAAAUAUAAAAAAGGGCUGCAGAUGGUACCUCUGGUAUUGAAAAAGAAAAAAAAAAUCAAAUGAAUUGGUGACUUUUAGCUCACUUGAUAGGUAUUUAUUCUUUAUAUCAUAGUAUUUUUAAAAAGGCGAUUCCCUAUGAAUUCUUUAUAUUAUAAAACUCUCUUUGAAGAAUUGGUUUCAUUUGUAUUAGUUUUGUCGUUUCAGUAGCUGUAGGCAUGAAAGAAAAGUAUACUCAGUAGCAUUCUAAUUUGUAGUUGUUUGCAUAUGUGUGUAUAUAUUAAUGUACAAAUGUACGCACUCAAACACUGAGCUUUUUAAAACUCAGGUCAUCAGUUGAUAACUAAUAUAAUUUAGUUUGCAUGAAAUACUUAUUUUUUCCAUUUAAGUUGGUUUGAAGAAGCCUUCCAAUAGCAGUUGGAGAUUAUUCUUUCUCUGAUUUACUACUUAAACGUACAGGCACUAAAAAUUUAUAAUUUAAUGUCCUUUUUUAAUGGGAUAGGAUAAAAAUUCAUAAUAUAUAUUUAAAUAAAAAGUACAUGAUCUCAGGACUUCGUUAGUUUCUUGUUGGCUAUUGUGGAAUUCUAACUUGUCUUGUAUAGAGGAAAAGAGGGCAACAGAAUAUAUUUUAAGUUUGAAUGUGUUCAGAUUGACAUCUAGUGAGUAAAGUGCCUUAAUAAAGCAGCUUUGAUUAAGUCAAUCUGUGAAGUAAACAUAUGGCUUUAGAGGACUAUGUUGGAGCAACAAGAUGGUUGUGCCUGGAGUUGGUGAUGUGGUAGAAGGUGCUGGGAAGAAGAGAUGUGGUUCCCUUCCCAGUCUACUGUCAUCAAGACCGUGCGAUCUGCAUCUUUCACAGAACAUAGUGACAAACUUGGAAGUGUAUCCAUUUUAAAUUAUAGAAUGAUUUUUAUUGGUCUUUCAAACACAAGGUGUUAAAUGGAUAGACUGCUACAUGCUAUGUACUCAGCAAUACAUUUUGUUUAGUAGUAUGUUGUUACAAGAGAGAUUAAAUAGAGUGCUUAUGUGCCAAACAUUGUGCUAAGCUUUUUACAUGUCUAAUCCUGUUUACUCUUCAUACAGCCUUAAGAGGGCAGGGUAAGAAAGGAAUUGAAGGCUUAGGGGAUAUGAAGUAAGUUGCCUAAGGUCUCUUACUCAGUGACAGAGCUGAGAUAGGAAUUGAUUGGUGGACUCCAGAAUCCCAGUGUUUAAUCUUGCACUGUGAUAAACUAUCUGAUCUGUUCAUCUCCUAAUUAACUCAGAGGUCAGUGGUUUUUAAUUUUUGUGGGGGCAGGUUUUAUUUCUUCUAAAAAUCUAUAAAAAGCUAUGUCCCUUCCUCUACCCUUUGUGUCCCAUUACCACCAAAAAAUGCAUACGAACGUGGAAUUUUGGAUGUAAUGUCAGAGACUUAAUGAACUCAGCUUAAAGCCUAGCCAGUGAUUUUGGAUGGAUUAUUGCUUUUAAAAAAGGACCUGAGCUGUAUGAAACAGGUUUCUUUAAACCAGUAGGUAGAAAGGCUUAAGUCUUUUCAAAGUGAACUUGUGUGUUAUUUGUGUCACCAACCAUCUUACUAAACUUUCGUAGUGGAAGAUUUUUUACACUUUACUGGAAAAUUCAACCUUAGAUGCCACAGUAAAAGAGAAGUGAAGAACUUGGAUAUACAACCUGCAAGGUGCUUCUCAGGCUUGGCAUUCAGUCUGUUUCUUUGCACCUGGAAGAAUUCUAUUAGUUUCCCAAGUGACCAUGAAAGAGACCAAGUUGAGAACACUGGAAACUGAAGUACCAAUUUUCCUCAGAACAGUCUGGUAGCAGCCCUAAAUGAAGAGCCGUCCAAGCCUUUAAUGCACGUCCUGGAGCCAGCACAACACAGUCAAGUGAGAGAAUGGCCCAGCCAGCAAAUGUCGGGGAGCUGCUUUCCAUGCUGGAUUCCCCUACCCUGGGCGUACGUGAUGAUGUGACAGCUGUCUUUAAAGAGAACCUCAAUUCUGACCGUGGUCCCAUGCUUGUAAACACCUUGGUGGACUAUUACCUGGAAACCAGUUCUCAGCCAGCGUUGCACAUCCUUACUACCUUGCAAGAGCCACAUGAUAAGCACCUCUUGGACAAAAUUAAUGAGUACGUGGGCAAAGCUGCCACCCGUUUAUCCAUCCUGUCGUUGCUGGGGCAUGUCGUGCGACUACAGCCGUCUUGGAAGCAUAAACUCUCUCAAGCACCUCUUUUGCCUUCUUUACUGAAAUGUCUCAAGAUGGACACUGAUGUCGUCGUCCUCACAACAGGCGUCUUGGUGUUGAUCACCAUGCUGCCAAUGAUUCCACAGUCAGGGAAGCAGCACCUUCUUGAUUUCUUUGACAUUUUUGGCCGUCUUUCGUCAUGGUGCCUGAAGAAACCAGGCCACGUGACAGAAAUCUACCUUGUCCAUCUCCAUGCUAGUGUUUAUGCCCUUUUUCAUCGCCUUUAUGGAAUGUACCCUUGCAACUUUGUCUCCUUUCUGCGUUCACACUACAGUAUGAAGGAAAACUUGGAGACUUUUGAAGAAGUGGUCAAGCCAAUGAUGGAGCAUGUGCGAAUUCACCCAGAAUUAGUGACUGGAUCCAAGGACCAUGAACUGGACCCUCGAAGGUGGAAGAAAUUAGAAACUCACGAUGUUGUGAUAGAGUGUGCCAAAAUCUCUCUGGACCCUACGGAAGCCUCAUAUGAAGAUGGCUAUGCUGUGUCUCACCAGCUCUCCGCUCACUUCCCUCAUCGCUCUGCUGAUGUCACCACCAGCCCUUAUGUUGACACACAGAAUAGCUAUGGGAGUGCUACUUCUACCCCGUGCUCCUCUUCUCGGCUGACGUUGUUCAGUACGCCCGGGCAGCUACCUCAGACUCUGAGUUCCCCAUCGACACGGCUGUUACCUGAGCCACCCCAAGCUACUCUUUGGAGCCCAUCUAUGAUUUGUGGUAUGACCACUCCUCCAACGUCUCCUGGAAAUGUCCCACCUGAUUUGUCACACCCUUACAGUAAAGUCUUUGGUACUACUGGUGGAAAAGGAACUCCUCUGGGAACCCCAGCAACCUCUCCUCCUCCAGCCCUACCCUGCCAUUCAGAUGACUAUGUGCACAUUUCACCCCCCCAGGCCACAGCUACACAACCCAGGAAGGAGGAGAAAACAGAUUCUUCAAGGCCGUGUCUGCACAGACAGCACCAUCUUCCAAAUGACAGAGGAUUAGAAGAACUACCUGGCAACAAAGGUUCUGUUACUCUAAGUGAUCUUCCAGGGUUUUUAGGUGAUCUGGCCUCUGAGGAAGACAGUAUUGAAAAAGACAAGGAAGAAGCUGCAAUAUCUGAAGAACUUUCUGAGAUCGCUACCGUGGAAGCCGAGCCCAUGGUUCCUCGAGGGGGCUUUGACUCUCCCUUCUACCGAGACAGUCUACCAGGUUCUCAGCGGAAGACACAUUCAGCAGCCUCUGGGACUCAGGGAUCUGGCAUGAACCCUGAGCCUUUACACUCCUCUCUGGACAAGCUUGGGCCCGACACACCAAAGCAAGCCUUUACUCCCAUAGACCUGCCCCGCAGUGGUGCCAACACCAGCCCCGCUGGGGACAGGGAGCGCCAGACUUCUCUGGAGACCAGUAUCCUCACUCCCAGCCCUUGCAAAAUUCCUCCUAGGAGGGGAGUGGGCUUUGGAAGUGGGCAGCCUCCCCCAUAUGAUCAUCUCUUUGAGGUGGCCUUGCCAAAGACUGCCUGUCAUUUUGUCAGCAAAAAGACCGAGGAGCUGUUAAAGAAAGCAAAAGGAAACCCUGAAGAAGACUAUGUGCCCUCUACCUCCCCAAUGGAAGUACUGGAUAGGUUGAUACAGCAGGGAGCAGAUGCACACGGCAGGGAGCUCAGCAAGUCGUCCUUACCCAGCAAGUCUGUCGAUUGGACCCACUUUGGAGGUUCUCCUCCUUCAGAUGAGAUCCGCACCCUCCGAGACCAGUUGCUAUUACUGCACAACCAGUUACUCUACGAGCGCUUUAAGAGGCAGCAGCAUGCUCUCCGCAACAGGAGGCUGCUGCGCAAGGUGAUCAGAGCUGCCGCUCUGGAGGAACACAAUGCUGCCAUGAAAGAUCAGUUGAAGUUACAAGAGAAAGACAUCCAGAUAUGGAAGAUGAGUCUGCAGAAAGAACAAGACAGAUACAGUCAGCUUCAGGAACAGCGUGACACUGUGGUAACCCAGCUCCACAGUCAGAUCAGACAGCUGCAACAUGACCGAGAAGAAUUCUACAACCAGAGCCAGGAGUUGCAGACGAAGCUUGAGGACUGCAGGAACAUGAUUGCAGAACUGCGAGUGCAGCUGAAGAAGGCCAACAACAAGGUGUGCCACACUGAGCUACUGCUCAGCCAGGUCUCCCAGAAGCUGUCAAAUAGCGAGUCGGUCCAGCAGCAGAUGGAGUUCUUGAACAGGCAACUGUUGGUGCUCGGGGAGGUCAACGAACUGUACUUGGAACAACUGCAGAACAAGCACUCAGACACCACCAAGGAAGUGGAAAUGAUGAAAACUGCCUAUCGGAAGGAACUAGAAAAAAACAGAAGCCACGUUCUCCAGCAGAAUCAGAGACUUGAUACCUCCCAGAAACGGAUUUUGGAACUGGAAUCUCAUUUGGCCAAGAAAGACCACCUUCUUCUGGAACAGAAGAAAUACUUGGAGGAUGUCAAGGCCCAGGCAAGAAGACAGCUAGAGGCUGCAGAGAGCAGAUAUGAGGCUCAAAAAAAGAUCACCCGAGUGUUUGAGUUGGAGAUCUUAGACUUGUAUGGCAGGUUGGAAAAGGAUGGUCUCCUGAAAAAACUUGAAGAGGAAAAGGCAGAAGCAGCUGAAGCAGCGGAAGAAAGGCUUGACUGUUGUAAUGAUGGCUGCCCGGAUUCCGUGGUAGGGCACAAUGAAGAGGCAUCUGGCCACAAUGGAGAGACCAAGACUCCCAGGCCUGGCAGUACCCGGGGCAGUAGUGGAGGUAGAGGAGCAGGAGGCAGCAGCAGCAGUAGCAGUGAGCUUUCUACCCCGGAGAAACCCCCAAGCCAGAGGGCAGGCCCAUUCAGCAGCCGGUGGGAAACUGCCACGGGUGAGCCCUCCACCAGCAUCCCCACGACUGUUGGCUCUCUCCCCAGUUCCAAAAGUUUCCUGGGCAUGAAGGCCCGGGAGUUAUUUCGUAAUAAGAGUGAGAGCCAGUGUGAUGAGGACGGCAUGACCAUCAGUAGCCUUUGUGAGACCCUAAAGACAGAACUGGGGAAAGACUUGGGCUUGGAAGCCAUGACUCCCUUGAACCUAGACAGCCCGCAUCCAUCUCCCCCAAACCCAGACAGUGUUGGUCAGCUUCGCAUCAUGGACUACAAUGAGACUCAUCACGAACACAGCUAAGGAGGGUCAGUCAGUGUUAACUCGCGUCUUGUUGGCAAAGAACAGGAGGUGCGAAUGCUCGUUCAAGGCUUUCCUGUUUCCAGGGUCUGGGUGGCUGCUCAUGUGGUGGGAGUGGGACGGAGGUCCUUUUGACGCCUGACUGAAUGCACAACGGUUUUUGGAUCUGGCCUUGAAAUGCCUCUUAGCCUUCCCCUUGACCCUCUCUGAUUCACCCAGCAGUCUGUACUAAUGGAGGGCCAUUUUGCGUUCCUCAGUAGCUUUAUUUUCCUUCCUUUUCCCCCAAAUGGUUGCAUCCUUUGAACCUGUGCAAUAUGAGGCCAAAUUUCAUCUUUGAGUCUAACACACCACUCUCUGCUUUCCUGAAGUCAGAUAACUGGGCGGCCCUUGGUUAGACCAGGCAGUUGGUGGCAUUGCAGGUAAGUUUGGUUUUGUCCCUUCCAGGAAGACGUACCUUGCAAAGCUGAUUGACUUCACAGGAAAGCUCUUAUGGGAGACUUCUCACUGCUUUUUGGUUCUGAGGUUCGGCAUCUAAAGUAGCAGAUCUGGAAAAACAUGGUUCAUUCACCCUUCCAUUCUUUUGGCGGUUCUGAUAAACUUCCUAGAAAGUUCUGCGUAGACAAAUGCCCGUUUCCAAAGUCUGGUUGGCUCUGUGGAGGUUCUGCUUCCUCACUCUUUGGGAAAGCUCUUGUCCCUCUUUCCCCACUACCUCUUAUUUAUUUGGUGUUUGCUUGAAUGGUGGCACCCCACCGACCCAGGCUGGCAUGUGGCUGAUAAGCUUGUUCUCUGUGGGUGCAAGGAGAGGUCCCAGGGAGAGGUUGCUGGAAGCUCAGGUGUGUGGAGCUGCACCUUUGGGCUGGUCUUGCCAGCUGAGCUAUUGGUUCAGCCCUGGGUCUGGUGGCCCCCCGCCACCCCCCGAGCUCAUUCAUGUCUCUUGUUUGCUGGCUACUUGGUAAUACUGCAGCAGAGAGGCUCUGGAGAUCCAGAGAGUUUUCUUCACAGCUUACGUGACAUUUCUUGGGCUGUGGGGUUGCCACACUACUGUAGGUUCCAGGCCACCACAAAGGUAGCAGCUUUUUCACACAAAUUCUAACUUUCAGGGCCAGCUCUCCUGGGAGCCUGAUAUUGUCACCCUCUCCAGGUUAGGAAUGGCAGAGCAACAUAGAGUUGAGUCUGGCAGGGUGGUGUUGGAGGCGGCCUGCCUGUACAGAGUGGGCUGCCUGCAGGUGCUCAUGAGGGCCAUACAAGUCAGAGCGCCAGCACUGCCGAGCAUCCAGGCUCAAUAAAUGCUUCUGAAGAAGUGCUAGACGCCUAAGGAUCAUUCCUGGCGUCCCAGUCCAGGUAGGAGAUACUUGGCAGGAAGGAGCCAGUGAACUUGGUGUUUCUGUUUCUGUUCUUUCCAUGAAAAGAAUAUAAGGGUUCAGUCGUGAAGAAGUUAAACUGUAAUGGUACGAAAUCUCACGGCAUGUGGAAAUUUCCAGCACAUGAGGGAGAAAGUCUUUUUGUAAGUAUAGUAGUAAAUAUUCUAGUAUCCCUAACUAAAGAGAACUAGGCAGAGACUCCAUGUCACCAUGGCAAUACUGGCCAAAGACCUGCUGGGAACAGGGUUUCUGGUGUAACUGACUGACCUCAGCCACAGAAGGGCAUGCCCUGACUGCUAGCCACCCCGCAGAGGCCAGCCCUCAGCACUGGUUGUCCAGUGUGGAGUCCUGGGGGAUUCCAUAUUUCCGAUUCUGCUUUGUCCAAAGGAAAGCUUAAAAUCCAAUAUAUUCUAGUUUCCUUGUUCCAUUGUAUACAAGGAAAACAUGAACAAGUUAAAAAAGGGCAGGAAGAUGUUACAGGUUAACUGUUUACAGUGCUUUCUCCUUCCCAUGCCCACUAAAUCUGUGCCACAGAACAAAGAUACCAGGCACUUAAUUUGCAGCCUUUCCUUACCUGGCACCGGAAAGGAGGCCUGUGUAAGAAGGGAAAGAACGUUAUAUGGAUUGUAAAUGUAGGGAAGGAAGGAGGCUGUUGACUGAGGUGUGGCUGAAGGUUCCAAGUUUCUGUGCCAUUCCUCCAGCCUAGGUUCCAUCUCCCAGCUUUAUAGCCCAGGGACCCCAGUGCUCUGGCUUGGGCCCCUGUGAGUUCUAGGAGGCCGCUCUAUACGGGUUUCACACGUAUAGAGAUGGGAGAUUGAGUCCUGGGGUCCUGGUGAAGUUACCCAGCCUGAAAACUUGGGCUUUGGUGUUGAAAAGGGCUCCAGAUUUAGUUCAAGACUUGCUUUUGUUUUGAAAGUAGUGAACCUUGCAAGGGUUCAAGUGGGUCACUUGAUGAUACCUCAAGCAGUUUAAUGAUGAAAGGCAAUAGGGAGAGGAACUCCUGAGAGGCUGCUGAGGCCUAAGGAAAGGCAUUGGAAUGAUGAGCAUGCUCGGCAGAGCCUGUCUCAUCACUGACUGAGCUCCUGGUGUCUGGGACUGGGUGGCUCCUUCCGGAAAUCACUGUGAGCUAUGCUGACGGCCAGUACCCAUAACUCGAACGAACUCCCUCCUGACCCCAACCAGCCCAGCACCAGCCCUGAGCAGCCCAGAAUCUGCAUCUCAUGCAGCGUGGAAUCUGUUUAAAAGGGAAUCCUGUGCUAUUAUUUGGGGAUGGGGGAGGCAAGAGGAGCAGUAGGAAGGGGCAGAGAAAAAUGAGCUCCUGAACCCACUACUGUAAAUAAGCACACACGUCUCUGAAAGAACCUUCAUGGGUUUUUAAAAGCUUGUGACAGGGCCCUAUCAUAAAGUCUGCAAAAAUUGGUACUGUGGGAUUCAGAGAAAUAAUAUGCUUAUAACUAUCAAGAAACCAACUGAAACCCAGAGGUAGGAGGUUGGGGUCUGUUCUUAGCUGGAGAGGUUUUAAGAGGUGUCAUUAGAGGUAAGUGCUGAGAGCAGCAUCACUGAGGCAGGUGGGCACAUAGUAAUCUGUUCAGGUUUGCCAACAGUGUUUUUGGAAAGACUGCCUGACCUUUGGGAAUAGCUGCAGAGAGUUCCUACUGUCUGUGAUGUACUAAAGGGAAACAGCCGACACUCUUAGAAGGUAUACUGCCACAACCCAAAAGAAAGCCCAAGAAGCCACUAACAAUUAAAAACAGCCUCCCCCACCCCACCUCAUUGCUGCUGUGGCCAGAGGACAGCACCUCCUUGGGUAAAAGCAGCACAGUGGGUCCACAUACUAGGCUCUCCCUGGCCAUUUGCAACAGAAUGUGUAGUUUCCAGCUCUUUUUUGUCCAGAAAGAUAAAACUUCAGCAGUUGUUUAGAGGGUGCAUGCCUGGUCAUGGGAUGCAAGAAUCUGUAAGCUGGACCAUAGAGCUUAGACUGGCAUUAAGGAAAGAAAACUGGUUACUUGUUUUUGUGUAGACAACAGAAGCGUGUUGUGAGUGGCCAAUGGUCAUUUCCACCAAAUACUAGAACCUACCACUUGAAGCCAGCAAGAACUGAAGAGUAAAGAAAGUCCAUGAGGAAGCUCAUGGGAGCCAGUGUGGGCAGGCGAAGGAGGAUUUGGGGCCCGGCAAGGUCAGGCCCAUGCUGCAGUGCAGGUGGAGAGCUGUCUGCCCUUGCAGGGACUCUCCCGGUGUGGUCCCAGGAGCAGCUCAGGUCCACUCAGGAGGGUCUGCCUUGCAGGGGAGCCAGUUACCAUGUGCAGUGACCAGAGCACACUGGGCACCUGCUGUGGCUUCACUCUUGGAGGCAUAUGCUGUAGAACUGACUUACAGAAAGUGUUAGAGAACGUGUUCAGUCUGAGGGUGUUCGUUUGUUUACAUCCUGAGUGGUGAUGCGUGCCCACUCCUCCCAGCAGAUCACUGCAAAGUCAUUAAUUGCACUUGAUUUAGCUUCUUUCUGUAGCCAAAAGAGAAGUUUAGGUCAGGAACUAGCUCCUAGGCUGCUGCUGAGACCCUUGUUCCCAGGCAGUUCCUUUCCCUAUCCGCGACUCCCUGUGUGCCCAGGGAAGCUGUUUCCACACCAUCCUGCCACCUGUGCAUGCUCACCUGAAAGGUUGUUGGCAGAUGCAAGGGAAACCUGAGCCCCAGCUGCUUUUGGUGUUCAUUUAAAUGAGUUCAUGAGGGCCGAGGAGCUUUGUGCCGCUGCCCAGUGCCACCACACUAGCCACCCUUUGGGAUAAGCUAGCUGGUUUAGUCAUUGGAAUAGGUUUUUUGGAGCAGAACUUAGGAGCUCAAGGACCCCAAAACACCCUUCCCCCACCCGUCGUCCCCUCCCCACCUGGUGCAGUGUUUGGGCAGGAGGGUGCACCCAGGCUCUGCGCAGCACAUACUCUGGCUGAUCAGAGGCAGCCAAGCAUUUUGCACUAGGAAGAAUCAGUGAUCGAUCUUCAGAAGACUUCUAUGGACCAGUUACAUUACGGAGGAACAGAUUUUGCUAAGACGUAAUCUAGUUUUAUAACUCAAUCAUGGAUGAACCAUAUGAGGCUAACUUGCAGUUUUAAAGGGGUCCCAUGAAUGAAAAUAAUCUGAUUUUUUUAACUGACUGCUUUUAGUUAAAUGCAAGAAAGUCCCCUCAUCAAAAGGUUUAAACUUUCCCACCUUGAUCUUAAAAGCAUGUCAAAACAAUCCAUAUCAGAUGCCAUAAACAUGAACUGCAAGAGAACAUGGUACAAUCUCAGUGAAUGGGAAUUGGAAUCAAAAGGGUUUGCUGUCCUUCUUAGAAUGUUCUAAAAUGUCAAGGCAGUUGCUUGUGUUUAACUGUGAACAAAUAAAAAUUUAUUGUUUUGCACUA